UUAACAUGACCAGGUGAGGACACACCAUUGACCAGUGUCACCCCAGCCCUCAGCGAGGGUGUACGCACGCAUCAUGAGAGUCGUAAUCCUUCUCGCCUGCGUGGCUCUUAUUGCUGCCGAAAUGGCAAGGCUACAACUGCACAAGUUCAAAACUGCGCGCCGGACUCUGCACGAGGUCAACGCCGCCUUGGUCCACCUGCAGAGAAAAUGGCAGCGCGCGGGCGCUGUCACUCAGCAUCUGACGAACUACAUGGAUGCGCAGUAUUAUGGGACUAUUACCAUCGGAACUCCUCCUCAGUCCUUCAAGGUGAUCUUCGACACUGGCUCGUCCAACCUGUGGGUCCCAUCCAGACGCUGUUCACACACAAACAUCGCCUGCUUGAUCCACAACAAGUACGAUUCUGCCAAGUCUUCUACGUACAGGAGAAAUGGAACGGCCUUUUCCAUCCAAUAUGGCACCGGUUCCCUCUCUGGUUUCCUGUCUACUGACACUGUCAGGGUCGGUUCGCUGACGGUUCGUAACCAGACGUUCGCCGAGGCUGUCAACGAACCCGGCAUGGUUUUCGUAGCGGCCAAGUUUGACGGUGUUUUUGGCAUGGCGUUUGACAAUAUUGCUGUGAAAGGCGUCGUGCCUGUCUUCUACAACAUGGUCAAGCAAAAGUUGCUUCAGGCUCCAGUUUUCAGCUUUUAUCUCAACAGGGACCCAAACGCUCGUGAAGGAGGAGUUAUGAUGCUGGGGGGAUCAGACCCGAAGUUCUAUAAAGGAAACUUUACAUAUUUACCUGUGGAUCGCAAGGGCUACUGGCAGUUUAGGAUGGAUGGGCUGAAGAUAAAUGGGACCCCGGCGCCAUUGUGCCGUGGUGGGUGUGAAGCUAUAGCAGACACGGGCACCUCUCUCAUUGCUGCUCCCCGUGCAGCAGCGCGGAUAAUCAACGAAGAGAUGGGUGCAAGCCUUGUUUCUGAAGGACAAUGGGAGGUGGACUGCAGUUCCAUCUCUAAACUGCCCAAGAUUUCUUUUAUUCUAAAGGGAAAGACUUUCACCUUGGAGGGUAAAGACUAUAUUCUCAAGGUGAGCCACAUGGGUGAGGUGACAUGCCUGUCUGGGUUUAUUGGCCUUGAUGUACCGCCUCCAAUGGGACCCCUUUGGAUUCUCGGAGACGUCUUCAUUGGUCGCUUCUACACGGAAUUCGACCUUGGAAAUAAUCGAGUGGGUUUUGCUGAAGUCAAAUAGCUAUGAAACUCAUUGAACGAGGGGAAAUUAUAAUUUAAUUACCUGCAUUAAAUUCGUAUUUAUAAGCAAGAUAGAUGCAUGGUUUUAUAGUGGGUUCAGGGUUAAUGAUAUGAGCAAAUGAACUGUAUGUGUGUGUGUAUAGGUACGUUGAUAGGUUAAGUAAUAAUUGUAAUUAAGAAGCAAUAAGAUGCUUAUCUUAACAUACUAAGAAGGUUAGGUGAGGUCGGUGUUUUCUAUGAAGCUUUUCAAGGUAAACUAAAAUAUUCACAAUCAAUUAGUAUGUCACAUAUGCACUUAUUAAAUAAGCCAAUAUUGACUAUAAGCAAGUGCGAGAACGGAUUGCAAAUCAUUUUGUUAGUGAUGGAUUAGUUGAUAAUGAAGAAUGUAAGUUCAUCUUGUUGUGUGUUGAAUGCUGAGGUGUUGAGGUGCUGUCUUCUAAAGUAUGAAAAACUAUCCUGAAUAUCUUAAGCUUUCUUGGAACGUAUUGCGUUUAUUAAAAUUUCCCCAACCCAAGACGAAGCUGUCCGUGCUGUCACCCAUCCAGUUACUGGCCAGAGCCAAAGUGGUGCUCAAUUGACAGGGACGUACUCACGCAAGAUUGUGUGCAAUGUCAUUUUCCUCUGGUGAUGCCUCUAUGCCGUAAUUGAACUGGAAAAUGCCUCGUACUGAAGACAAUCGCUGAUCUGAAAUUCCUGUAGAUUUCAGCAGUGAACUAUUUCUCUGCAUAGUUAGUAUAGCAUAUUUAAUAUAUUUGUUUACACAUUUGAUAAAGUUUAUUUAAUUUCU